GCGGAACCGGUUCCUCUCCAGCGCGGUGCAUUGUGGUUUGGCGGCGUUGCUGAGGGCUGCGAGACAGAUGCCUGGGCUGGUGACUUCUGGAGCUUCGUGUCCUGCUCUGUGCUGCGAGUCCUUGUGAUCACCGGCCCCACGAUGUCCUUCAACAAGAUCCCGCCCCGGUGGCUGCACUGUCCGAGGCGUGGGCAACCCGUGGCAGGAAAAUUUUUACCUUUGAAGACAAUGUUAGGGUCAAAAUAUGAUGAUCAAGUUGCUGACGAGUGUCGUUUCCAUCCCAGUAUGCUGUCCAACUAUCUAAAGAGCCUUAAGGUCAAGAUGGGGUUGCUGGUUGAUCUGACAAACACCACUAGGUUCUAUGACAGGAAUGAUAUUGAGAAGGAGAGCAUUGGAUACAUAAAACUGCAGUGUAAAGGGCAUGGGGAAUGUCCCACAGUUGAGAACACAGAAACAUUCAUUCGUGUAUGUGAACAUUUUAGUAAUAAGAACCCAACCGAUCUUAUAGGUGUCCACUGUACACAUGGUUUCAAUCGCACUGGUUUUCUUAUCUGUGCCUUUCUGGUUGAAAAGUUGGAUUGGAGUAUUGAAGCUGCGGUGGCUACUUUUGCCCAAGCCAGGCCACCUGGUAUCUAUAAAGGCGAUUAUUUGAAAGAGCUAUUCCGGCGUUAUGGUGAUAUAGAGGAUGCACCAGCACCACCUCCAUUGCCAGAGUGGUGCUUUGAUGACGAUGAGGAAGAGGAGGAAGAUGACAACUGUAAACCAGGAGAUUCAGAAGCUGGGUCAUCUAGUUCCACUUCUGGCAAAAGAAGAAAAGAACAUUUAAAGCUGGGUGCCAUAUUCUUGGAAGGAAUCUCAGUUAAAUAUGUAACUCAAGUGACAUCUCAGCCAAAGCUCGGAGAAAUACAGCGCAAAUGCCAGCAGUUUGCGGGAUGGAAAGGAACUGGAUUUCCUGGAGCUCAACCUGUUUCUAUGGAUGAGCAGAAUAUUAAACUCUUAGAGCAGAAGGCAUACAAAGUUAGCUGGAAAGCAGAUGGAACACGAUAUAUGAUGUUGAUUGAUGGCAAAGAUGAAGUAUAUAUGGUUGACCGAGAUAAUUCAGUAUUUCAUGUAUCUAAUCUGGAAUUUCCAUUUCGUAAAGAUCUUCGGAUACAUUUAGAGAACACUCUGUUGGACGGGGAGAUGAUCAUCGACAAAGUGAAUGGGCAGAUUGUUCCUCGGUAUUUGAUAUAUGACAUACUUAAGUUCAAUGGACAACCAGUUGGUGAUUGUGAUUUUAAUAUUCGUCUGUCAUGUAUAGAAAAAGAGAUUAUAUUCCCACGACGUGACAAAAUGAAGACUGGCCAAAUUGAUAAAGCCCAAGAGCCUUUCAGUGUUCGUAACAAGCCAUUUUUUGACAUCUUUGCAGCAAAAAAGCUUCUCGAAGGAAACUUUGCUAAAGAAGUCAGUCAUGAAGUAGAUGGACUAAUUUUUCAGCCUACUGGAAAAUACAAGCCUGGAAGAUGUGAUGACAUUUUGAAAUGGAAGCCACCCAGUCUGAAUUCGGUGGAUUUUCGGCUAAAAAUAACAAGAGUUGGUGGAGAAGGGCUUCUGCCACAGAAUGUUGGACUCCUUUAUGUUGGAAGUUUAGAUAGACCUUUUGCACAAAUAAAGGUAACGAAAGACUUGAAACAAUAUGAUAAUAAGAUUAUAGAAUGCAAGUUUGAGAACAACAGCUGGGUCUUCAUGAGGCAAAGAAUAGACAAAAGCUUCCCAAAUGCUUAUAGCACGGCCAUGGCUGUGUGCAACAGCAUACGACACCCAGUGACAAAGGAAAUCCUCUUUGAGUUCAUUGAAAAGUGUACAACAGCACCUGCAGGGCAGGCACACAAACGCCCUUUGGACCCAGACACUGAACUCAUGCCACCACCUCCUCCUAAAAGACCACGACCAUAACUGGACACUUCAGAACGGAGGGAAUGGCACAUUGUUUACAAUUCUACAACUGAAUAUGUGUGGACUAAAAAACUUUUGCAAAAAGUUAUUGUAAACUUUCUGUAAAUACUGGCGUGCAUUUUUUUUGGAAUGCCACAUCACGGACUCAGAUUUGUUUUGUACUUGAAAAGUUGAAUGUUGCUCUAUGAAAUUUGAAAACCUAUUUGAUCCAAAGGUUAAAUGAGGAAAGCCUGGAAUCAGUGGAAAGCCACCUUGUUUGUUAGGUACCUUUCAAAUCUAAUGUUUUCUAUAGUGAUAUGGAACUGUGAAGCCAUGACGGAACUGCUUUAAAAAAACAAAAACAGGCAGUUUCGAGGAGUGUGGUGUUUCCUUUAUUUAAAUAAUUAGGAUUUGUCCACUGAUUUCGUUUAGCAUAGUUUCCCUUUGUUUCCCAAGUUCAAGUUUAAAGACAAGCAGUAGCAAAUGUUCAUGCCGUGUACUCUUCAAAAUAAAAUUUGAUCAGGUUUCAUUAAUUUUAAAAACUUUUUUUAUAUUAAAGAAGUUUCCUGAGAGUUACUGUGUAAAUGUCCUUUUACGUGUGCAUUGAAUAUUUUUAGAGGGAGUUUUUUGGUUGUUGUUCAAAUCAAUUUGUCUGCGGAGAACCUGUGCUAAUCCGACAUUUUAGGUUUUAUGUGCUGACAGUCACAAUCCUUGAUAAGAAAAAUAGCCUCUGACAGAAAUAACUGCAAAUGAAAGUUGCCAAAAGAGAUGCUUGUCAUAUUGAUGUGCAAGACAACUAACCAUACUAUUAUAAUGAUGUGAAUUCCAUUCUAGAGGAUAUGUUAGGAGGCAAAUUGUAAACGAAAUGCAGCCUCCAUCUCAGAGAAAAAGGCUAAAAUCAAUAGAAAAGGCAUACUUUUGAUCGGUAAAAGCAGCAUUGUAGAGUUCCAAACCAGACAUUUUGAAAGAAAUUUCAAGUGCUUGAAAACAGUGCAAUUAAUCAGGCUGUAUUAAGACCAAUCGUUUCAUGAACCCAACUUGUUGCCAGGCAGACUCAUAGGUGCACCUUGUGCUUUUCUUCCUCUCUGUUUCUCAUCUGGAAAUCUCCAUCAGAAAUCAUCUCCUGGUACCAGGGAUGUACGAAUGCAGGCGUGCAGAUUAACCAAAGGUGGUCUCCUCUGGCACAAAAACCAAGAUUCUAAACCUGGAUUAAAAUUAGGUUUAGAAUCCCAAUUCGUUUGUGUGGGUUGGGAGAAGUAACUUAAUGUGCCUACGUUAAUAGGUCAGGGUAGCCGGUUAAUUUCUAACUUGGGUCCUGUGUGUGUAGUAGGGAGCUGCACAAAUCCAAAACAAGCCACAUCCAUGUACAAGCUGGUUUAAUGUAUGGCUGAAUAGGAUGUCUGAAUGUAGCACCCUGGACUUAAUGUUUCUUGCAUUAAAAUAUAAACCUAAUAAGUUUGGUCAGUUUUGCUGGGGUGCUGAAGUAGCAGUUAUUCUGUUACACUGAGAAAUGGUAUUUUACUGACCCACUGAGCAAUUAUUAAGUACUUAAACUGUGAUAAAUUUAUGUUGUAAUGAAAAACUUCAUAAAUUGACAAAAAUAAUCCAACCAGUAUUUUAGCUGUUUAUACUUACCGAUACGGAAGAGACAGUUUGCCAGGCUGAUCUGAGGAAAUUUUACUUAUAUAAAUUCAAAUGGAGUUUGUAUUAGAAAAUGUUUAAUGUUAGUAUUUUAAAAGUUCUGAUCUUAUGCUUGUUUUUGUACAUAACAACAUAAACCUUGUACAGUGGCCAAUUUGAAGAUUUUCUAGAAUGUUAUCUUUAUCUUUCCAGGCAUUGAAAAGACUGAAUAAGUUGAUUACUUUAUGUAGUUAAUUACAAAAAUGCUGUUGAGUGUUACAGAUUUGCUUAUUCUGGUAUCUAAAAGAUAGCAGUCACUAUGCAAGAUUGCACCGUAGUUUCCCAGCGGUCCAAUCACUUGAUGAGAAAGGCUAUGCAGUUGGACUGUGGACAUUGCUGAAAUGUGAACUUCUGAUUGUUAGAACAGUUUGGCCCUAAAUUUAAAACUGUAUCAUGUAGUUAACAAAGUAUCAUGGUCUAAUCUGACUGAUUCCUGAUGGUGUAAUGGGAUAAUAGAAAUAUGUUGAAUUAUGUUUUAAA